AUGCCUGCCGCAGAUCGCGAUGUCGUGGAACUCCAUCCCGCUGCCGAGCGCGACAACUACUUGGGAGCUCAGGUCGCUGCUGUCAACGCUGAGCUCGCCAUGCAGACGGAGUUGAAUACAAGGCCAAAUGCGGAGGAGCCAUCCAAAUCACAAGCACGCGGUCUAAAGGAUAGAAAUCACGUCGAGUCACCUGGCCUCUUCUUUCCUGUCUUGUCUUUUUCCUCUACCCUUCCUAUCAACGCGCACCGGCGCAUCCACACUCGUUCGACCGCUCCUCCAAUCCCCCUCUUCAUUCUCACUCUACUGGCACACCAUGCCCGUGACCUGCUCAGUCACCUGCUCCGUCGCCCGCUCCACCAGACGCACGGCCACCACGAACCCCCUUGCCUUUCCAAGACCACCUCGCUCAAGACUACCAAGCCCAAUCCCACUUCACAGAAUGUCCAAGGGGAGCGUAUGCUUGAGAAGUUGCGCCUCCUGAAUGAAGACGGCCUCGCGGAUGACCGCCAAGUGCCCAAGUUGUGCCACGUGCACCACGUCCUAAGGGAUGCCGCCGGCGCUUUUUAUCCCCAUGUCACAUGUAUCUCUCAUCUUCAAGCGGAAGUGGCGAAUGUAUGUACUGGCAGUCUUGAUUGA